CGAACGGGGCGGGCACUGCGGGCGGGGUGCUUUGGGUCCGCGGGCGCGCGGUCAUUGCGUCAUCACCGCGCGCGUCCGCAUGGCCCCGGCCCGGCUGCCCGCGGCGAUGCCUGUCGUCGUGCGCCCGCUCCGCUUCCGCGGCCCCGGCUGCGGCUGCGGGAGGAGGAGGGCGGGGACGUGGGGGAGCUCAGCGAGGCCGAGUCCGCGCCGCGCCGCCCCGCUCCGUGCGGGCCUUCCUGGAGAGCGGCGAGCACGGGCUGGCGGCCGCCGGCAGGUUGGGGAGCGGGGCGUCCGAGCGGGCGGCGCGGCCCGGCGCUGGCGCUGGAGAACGUUCUGCAUUGGAAUUGGAUAAUAUUAUUUUUAUUUCGUGAUCCCCGUAUCGUAGUUCUUUUUGGGAGUCCUUCUACUUCACUUGGGGAAGAUCUCUGAUAGUUUACAUCACUGAUCCUCUGGACGAACCUUCCCAGGCACGCACACUCUGUGUGUAGGUGUAUAGGUGUAUAUUUUGUCACGCACACUGCAAGAAUAUCCUGCACGAGAGCAAACCGGAGAACAGCCGUGGCCUGCCUGAGGAAGCAGCCAUGUUGUGUCCAUAGGUGCACUCCUGCUUGCGGGACGCCGCCGUUGCAACCGUGAGUGAAACGUGCUGUUAAGAGAGAUACCGUCCUGAGAAACAUGACUUGGAUAUUCCCAGCAAUUUGGGGGCUCGUGCGGGAUUAUGAUUGCCUCUGUGGGAGUUUCCCUACCGCCCUGCACAGGAUAGGGGCACCCCGCUGAUGGCAGCGGUCCUGUCUGGGUGCUGAGGUGACUCCUUGGGAUGGCCGAUAAAAAGCCGGGACUGUUCCAUAAGGACGGGCUCUGUGAAAGCCAAGGGGCAGGCAGGCACGGGUGUUGGCCUUGGCGACCCGGUAACUUGGUGCACGGACCAAGAACUGACAUCCGAAAAGAGCAAACGUUUGUGAAGAAAGCAGUUGUUAGAAGGCAAUUAUCCCAUGAAGACGUGUGUGUUUGAGGAGCGAAGAUUUGUGUCUGCUCGGUGUUUGUGUGGUUGGUGAAGCGUCGCGAAGGAGUGCGAACCUGCAGUGCUCAGCCAGGGAGGAACCGGGGCAGGAAGAGAUCAGCGUCGGGCCAUGGGGAUAAAAGAUGGAAGGCUGUUUUCGGGGUUCUCCUCCUGCAGGAGGCCGCCAUCGCGACUGCGAAUAGAAUCUGCUUUAGCGGAGAAACCGUCCUAGGAAAUGAUUUGGACAUUUCCAACAGGCGUGAAAAGAGCAAAGUGAAAUCUCUUGAUUUGCACGAAGCACAAACAACGCCGCAGUGAUUUUGUUUCUCCUUUGACAGCGUCUCUGUCCCUUUAAUGUCCCUUCCACGUCCCUUCCCAGCCCAGCCGUUCCACUGCUCCACAUUUCCCUGCCUCCCGCUGCUCCGGAUGGCUGGGAAUCCUCCCCCAGCACGGCGGCGCAGCCAGCGAGCCCAGGGGCAGCCGGCCCCGCUGGCGGCGCAGAUGCGCGUCGUGCCGAGCUCACAAAGCCCCGCGUCGUGCCGUGAGCUCACAAUGCUCAGCCCGCGCCCCAGGCGCCCCGUGCCGCCCGCCGGCACUCGCUCGGCUGAAACGCCGGUGGUGGCAGCAUGGCACGAGUGUGGGGGGCCGCAGCCCCCGCCCGCCUUGCUCUCCUCCUCCUGCUGGCGGCCGCGUGUUCCCAGGAGACUCGCGCUGCUCCGUGGCGAGCGCCGGAUGACGGCGCUCCUUCUGCGGACGGUUGGGUGAAGACGGCUGUUGUGCCUCGGGGGAAACCCGGAGGUCCUCUCGGUGAAUUACCGAAGCGGAGUCCUGUUCCCGAGCCUGGGCUGGAUGCCAGAGGUGCGGGUGGAGCGGAAUCGACUCCAGCUUCCCAGCCGAGCUCCAGGACAGAAGCCCCAGCAGCUCGCAUGGGUCCUGGGGGAUGGAAAGUGGCAUGGGAAGACGGAAAAUAUUCCAAGAGACUGUCCAACUUGCUAAUGAAAAUCAUGGCGAAGGCGGCACGUGAGGCAGAUGGAGAGCCUGUGCACAGGGCUGCAUUUCAGCACGGCAGCCGUCUCACGCCGCCCGUCCAGCUGGGAGGAACGGAGGCCACACACACAACUGGUGCUCCAGGCGCCUGGCUGCAGCUGAUGGAGCCCAGUACGAAGUCCGCGGCCACAGCUUGCCCUCAUUUGGACAUCCUGCUCUCCUCAAGGGGCCUGGCAGAUGGAGAUGAUGCCCACGACCUCACAACUGCCUGCCCCCCGGCUGCACGGCACCACCGGGGCGGCCCCUGCCAGCCCCCCAGCUGCCCUGGGCAUCAGCACCACCCCCCGACCCCACCACCAUCCUUUGGGGGUCGGGAGCAGUCCCUCAGGGCGUCAGCCUGGGGGCAGCCACGGCCUCGGGGAAGCUUGAGAGCCUGGCAGCCCCCAGCCCCACCUCUGCCUUCGCUCUCCCUUCCAGCAUCCAUCAGAAGAUGGAAGAGAGCCCAGCAGGGCGCAGCCUUGGGGGCAACCAACAGACAGACAUCUGCUGCCUGGGGGAAGCCAACUGCCCCAGCAGCCCCACGACCCCCCCAGGCAUCAGCACCACCCUCCCACUCCCCUCCACCAUCCUUUGGGAGAUGGGAGCAGCCCCCCAAGUUGUCAGUUUGGGGGCACCAUCCAGCAGCCAGUCUGGGGGCAUCAUCCAUCGCACAGCCUGGAAGCACACCAAGCCCCGCAGCCCCCAGCCCCCCCCAAAGCACCACCUCUGCCCUCCCGCUCCUCUCCACCAUCAGUCAGGAGGUGGGAGCGCCCCCGGCGUGCGGAUUUGGGGGCAUCGCCUGACAGCCAGAGAACCACCGCUGCCAUCCAUGGGGCUUUCCAAGCUGCGCUGUGCCAAUAAAUACAAAUUACCAUCA